AUGAACGCUGAAUCCCAGACGCCAUCGCACACCUCUUCAAACUCCGGUCCGUUGCCGGGCUAUACAUGCCUAUUCUCGCAACUAUCAGGGGAGCUGCGAAACCGCAUAUACGAUUGUAUCGUAGAAGAUGUUGGUUCGUCUACCAUGCACGUACACUACAAUCCUGAUCCAGCAAUGCCAUUCCACGAGCGAUAUCCAAAGCACAAGUGCAUGGGCCUGACACAAGUUGACCGUAAAACGCGUACAGAGUUCGCGCCCUUGUAUAUCAACGGUCAUUACUUCCACUUCUCCCAACUAGCUCACUUCUACCGUUCAGGUCUCGCUGGCAAGAACGAUGCAUAUCCCGCGCUAGUCCGCCUCCUAUCCAUGAUCAAAAAAGGACGGCUUAGACAACCAGCGGCAGUGGAGUUCGACUCGCCAAACCCAGGUCUCGACGUAACACUCUUAUUCCGGCUAGACCCGUAUAACUGCGAUGUCACAGGCCGCUGGUUCCUCGACACAGAAUACAAGAGCCACAAGAACGGCCUUAUCACCGGCGUUCUAUGCCGCAUGCUCGCAUGUCUGCCGUCAUGGUACCAUCUGUUGGCGCCCGGAGCCAUCACAAAGAUCAGCAUCUCGAAGUCCAGCUACCGGAGUGGCAAACCGUUCGUCCUCGUUACGGUGGAGCUUGACUCUGAGAUCGCAGUCUCCCGCGCUGCGAUCGUGCAUGCGCUUGUUGAACGGGCGCUGGCCGCAGAGAUGGAUUUCUCGAUGCCUGACAGCGGACCGGCGGCGUCGCACAAUUUCUUGAGGGUGAAGUGUGUUUGGAGAGGCGAGAGGUGUAGGGAAAGACGCCAGUGCAAGGGGAUUCGGAGAUCAUGA